AUGAAGACUUUGAUCCUACAAGGACUCGUUUUGGCCUUUGCAGUUUGCUUCCAGUUCAGUGAGAGUCAGAAAUCAUGGCAGCAGACAGUAGAAAAAGCAGUCAACAGUCAACCCAUCCAAACGUCAACUUCCAAGACAUCACAAAGCCAAUUAUCAUCUACACAGCUUGACAAACAACAUUCAUCCUUGCCUCAUGACUCUGCCUCACCCACCCACAGACUCUCCCGAAGGGCUUCCUCAUUACCCUUCAAUACUCAGAAUAUAAAGACUUUAUUUCCUAAAGUUGUCUCAAAGAUUAAAGAAGGAGUUGAAAAGUUAUCUGGAAAAUUUAGGAAAUUAGGUAGAAAGAAAAGAUCUAACCGGUCCAGACCAGUUAACAGACAGGUAAACCAACCUAUGGUUAGAUCAGCUACUCAAAUAUCUAAACCUACAAAGCGAUCUUCAGAAUCCUUGAAAAGGACCCAGUCAAAGCGAUGCAGAAAGCAACCAAAAGAAAAGCUACAAAAGAAAACACAAAAGCUAAAGGAAAAUUUGGCACGUUCUAAAAAGGUUAUUAAAAAAAAUCUCAAAUCUGUAGCAUCAUCUAAGAGAAGGCAAGCCUCAUCCCUAACACAACAGCCCCCUAAGUCUAGAAAGGAAAGACGACAGCAAAGAAAAAAGCAGAGAGCCGCUUCAAGGGCUGUAAAAAAAGAGCUUAGGAAAAUUAAAUCCAAACUCUCACUUCUGGAAAAGCAAACCUUGUAUCUAAUAAAUAGCAGGUUAGGUAAAUCCAAGACCAGACACCCUAAACUCAAUGAAGAGAACACACGUGAAAACUUUGAAGAAACAAAGAGACUGUUUGCCUUAGCAGAGAAAAUGUUCAAUGUAUCUAUGGGGAGCCAACCAACACCUGCUCAGAAAUUGUUGUCUUCACCUAAUCCAACAAUUUCUACUGCCAGUGCAAGAGCCUCUUCCACUAAGAGUUCAACCACAGCCUUGGUGAUUGGCACUACCACUGUAGUACCAUCAACCACAAACUCAGCAACAGAGGCUACAUCCACAAAGCCCUCAGAAGAAUCCACACACUCAGGUACUUCCCCUAGUCCUACAACUUCCAUGGACACAGUGGCCAGGUCCACAACUCAUUCGGCCUCUGCUUCCACCACUAUAUCUGGUUCUACGUCAGAGGGUUCAGAAACUGAAGCAAACACCAAAGAUAUGACCACCACCCUAGCCAUAGAUGUUUCUACCACUCAAGCUGACUCUACAACUUCAACAAGCCUAACAACCACACCUCCUGUCACUGCUACAAACACCACUUCUGUGCUUACUGGAGACAAAACAAAAACAAAUUUCACUACUAUAGGGAGUAAGGCCACCACCAAUGGUAGCACACUGUCAUCAACCAUCAUGGCCACUACAAAAAUACCCACAACUUCUGCCUCUGUUUCUGUUGGUUCUGCCAGGAAUGCAUCACAAGGCACCACAUCCCCACAUUCUACUAGAAGUGCACCUAUCACAGUCACAACUAUAAAAAAUGUGACUGCCACCUUGGUGACUACAACUGUCACUCAAACAGCAAAUAACACAAUCAAUGAAACUACAACCCAGGUGCUUGUGGAAACCACUAAGUCUACAACUGGUACAACUCCUGUAGCUAUGAUGCCACCCAGUGCUGUUAUGAACGAUUCCACGAUCUCAAAGACAAACUCCACAUCUACAGUUACCACCACAGCUGCUGGAUCCAUAACCACAACACUUCCAGAGCUAUCGUCCCAAUCUCUGAAACAGAUACAAAUACCAGUGUGGCUAUAA